UCAGCGCUUCCAAACGGAAGUUCCGUCAUGAGAGGUAUGAAAUUUCGAGAAAAUCGGACACGCAUUAACUGAGUUCACUCGUUUUGCGCGGCAAGACUCGAAAGUUGCGAAGACCGCAGAUAACUUCAUCGUCACUGGACAAAAUGCCGCGGGUAGUGCCGGAGCAAAGGCAAAAGUUCGAAAAUGACGAUUUAUUUCGGAAGAUGUCACGGGAGACGGAGAUCAAAUAUACUGGGUAUAGAGACAGAUCGCACGAGGAACGCAUCGUCCGAUUUCAAACAGAAGCUCGUGAUGGACAUGCCACCGUGGCCUUCGUGUCAUCUGGGACGAAUUUCACACUGCAGUUUCCAAAAGGAGAAGAUGGAACAGUUCCGAAGGAUUUUCUUGACUUUGAUCGGGAGCCAGGAAAGGUCUUCAUCAAAAGCCGUUUUAUAAUGAAUGGAGUAUGUGUCGUUUGGAAAGGAUGGAUUGACUUGCAAAGACUUGACGGAGCUGGAUAUUUGGAAUUUGACGAGGAUAAAGCUAAAUCUGAAGACAAAGUAAUGAAAGAUACAUUAGAACAAGCCAAGAGAAGAGUGGCUGAAUUUGAAGAAAGACAAAGACAGUGGAGGGAAGAACAGCAACGGAAAGAGUCUGAGGCAAGUAGCCACCAACGUAUCAACUAUAGACAAAACUAAGAGGUCACUCCUCAUCGGGGGCUCAAAAAUAACAAGAAACAUUAGGGUCAGAUGGCUCUGUAAAAGUAUUAUAAAUAUAUAUAUAUUAUGAUAUAAUGAAAGGAAAAGUACUGCAGGAAGAGAUCAAGCCAUUCUAGAACAAAGUAGGACUGUUCCUAUAGUCAAAUAUAGUUUAUUUAGUUCUGUUAUCAUAAUGAAAUUCGCCAAGGAUCUUUAGUGAUACCAUGAAGUAAAAAAAAAAAAGAUCAGAAAGUUGGAUUUGAAUGUUGAUAGCACUGUCAAAGUUAUGUUCAUUGAUCUAUUCACCACUGCCAAUCAACUUAAUGACAGAUAAAAACAGAUUGGAGCACUGUAACCAGGGAUAACUAUUUCUUUUUAUGUGGGAAGCAGCAGACUUGGAAAUGUUGGCAGAUAUAAGAAGGUAGAACUGUUCUUUCUUUACUUUCUUGCAUCUGUGGGCAUUAAGGCUCCCAUCAGAAAAAGAAAUCCUAAUUAUUGGGAACUAGAGCAAGUUUCAUGUUCUACUGAUGUUUUAUUUUGUCACAUCUAGUUUUUGUUACUGAAGGAUUCAUUAUGUAACUAUAUAGUCAUCCUUAGACUGCUCAUGCUACAACCUCUGAGUUUUGCUUUGCAAGAGUGAAGCAAACACAAUUAAACAUUCAUGCUGAGCAUGAUAAGGUGGGGUGGAUGUAGCAAAAUUAUCCUUUUAUUUUUUUACAACAGUAUUAUCAGUACUUAGUCAGACCUAAAUAUUGCAAUUCUCUGUUAGGUUUCAUGUAGCAGUAUUUGUGUCUUUACUAAUUACUGUGUGUUUUCAUACAAUAUAUCUCACAAUUAAUCUAGUGUCUAAUCCAUGUCUAUCACAGCCUCUGUUCAAAUUAUACCCCAACUAAUCAGAAGAGCUUGUAAUUUUAAAAAAAUUACAAUUUCUUAGGAUAGUACAACUGUAAAGUGUGUACACCAGCAAAUUUCUGCAGCUCUGUUGUAAUUCAUUAUAAGACUGUAGAUUUUAAAAUAGAAGAGGGCUUUUCUCUUACACCAGAGCACCAGACAAGAAUAAAAAUGUUGCCCUUAAAAAGGAGCAACUCAUUUCAUUGCUUAGGCAUGGUUUUUGUGUCAGGAAAAGUCUCAGAUGAAAGGAAGUUUUCUUAUUCCCCAACUGUCCCCAAUUUUUGGCCUAGAACCCUUUCACCACAAAGUGAUCAGUUAAGUGAAUUCACCUUAAAAUUUUAGCACACAUGGAAACUAGUGACAUGAAUUUGGAAAAUUAUCAACUAGGUAAAACUGUUUGGAUGUAACUUUAAAUUAUCAUGACUAGCAACAAAGAAACAUACAGUCGUCCAUUGGGAGAAUUCUCUUUUUAGGUCCUGGGAAGUGAAAGGGCUAAAAACAAGAGUUGUGAACAACCCUCGCAGGUUGCAAGGAAUGUCUAAUGCAUUCCUGGUUUCUUGUGCUAAGAUUGUCAAGGUCAUUCUAUAGUUAUCUCCAUACACUGUAGAAAAUCUGGGAUGCCCCCCAAAAAAAUUAUUUUAAGUGAUUAGCUAUCACUCUGACAUGAAACUCAGGCUUAACACAAUGUGUCCUCUAGUUUGUCUGGAAGCUCAAGAGACAGCCUUAAUAAUUAUAAUAUAUGAAUUUAAAAUUUUAUUUAGCUUAUUUAACAUUUAUUUAAAGCCUUCAAAGAGCAAAAAGUUUCUUCAAGAGUAAAGGCUGUGAUUAUUUACUCUGCUUUUAAAUAUGCAGUAUUAUUAAUAGAUUCAAGCGCAUUUGACAUUAUUUUGUUUUUACCAAACUACCAUAACCAAUGUUAAACUAAACUGUAAAGCUAUUGUAAAGAUUUCGUUCAAUGUCAGCGCAAUUGACCUGUUUAAGCAAUAUAUGCAAUUCCAAGAAUAAAAAGGUUAUCUCUUAAUAAAGGUGUGACAGAUUUUA